UGGUAUGUCAAUGGUUUUUACAGAUUUUGAUGACCUAUUGAUGUUUGCGUACCCCAGAGCCAGGAACUUGUUAGCUAAGGUGUUUUACCUUCCAUGGUUAGUAGACUUUGCAGGCCGAAAUCAUGGUCUCAUGCUGGAAUUAGAUAGAAAUGGUGGUAUAACCAGAAGCUUCCACGAUCCAACUGGCAGAGUUGUGCCUGGUCAUAUCAGUGGGGUACAUGAUGAUGGUGGCGUGCCAUACCUGGGUAGCUAUCAGUCUCCUUUCCUUGGCAAGCUGGAGUUGAAAGAUUGAUGAACAAUGGCAUCACUAAAAUCUCCAAGUAAAAUAUUUACCGUUAAUGGAGCUCUACCUGAGUAGCUACCAGUCUCCUUUCCUUGGCAAGCCCGAUUUGAAAGAUUGAUGAACUGAGAGGUCUUACAAAAAUCUCCAAGUGAAUUAUGGACCCUUAUUGGAGCUCUACCUGAGUAGCUACCAGUCUCCUUUCCUU